AUGUGGACGGUCAAUCCGUUUCCCGGUAGCUUCAAAGGAGGUAUGCACUCGACGGAUGGUGUAUCUCUUGCAAAGAUGGCAUGGGAGGCUCGAAUGGGGCCAAAGGUCAUUGGGGUACUUGAGAAGGAUGCCGACAUCCAACAUCUACAAGACACUCAUAUCAUAGACCAGAGGGCUCCAAGAUCCUUCGUCAAAGACGCCGCCGGAGGGCUCGUCGGCCGAUGGACUGCCGAUGCCCGCUGCACCGGUGACUAA